AUGAGGAAGCUUCUAUUUCUAUUGAGCCUCUGUAUGAUGGCGUACGUUGUGCUCGUAGCUGCACUGCCGCGACUAGAGAAGGUCACCACCAGAUAUCUACCUGAUAGCCUACUUCAAAAUGAUGCUGCUCCUCAGACUACAGAACCUCCUUCCAAAAGAACAACAGACUCGUCCAUACUACCCUUGGACGUGAGAUCACUAAAAGACUUUAAAUUAACAGACUUACUCUUGAUCUCAGACGUCGACGGUAACUUGCACGCUGUAGAACGUAAGGAAGGAGCUCUUAUCUGGACACUUCCCAGCGACGAACCUCUAGUGAAAAUCCAGUCCAAUAGCUCAACAGAAGAUAGCCAGUCCAAUAUCCUAUGGUUUGUCGAGCCAUACCAGGAUGGAUCUCUCUAUUAUUUCACACCCAAAUUUGGGCUCAACAAACUUCCUACUAGCAUCAGACAGUUGGUGAUGGAGUCUCCUUUCUCCCUCAGUGGAGACGACAAAAUCUACACCGGAAGCAGGAAAACUGCCCUCUAUACUGUCAACAUCUUCACAGGUGAGAUUGUCUCAUCGUUCGGAAAUGAGGAGAAAUGCCCGGUUGCCAAUACCCACUACAAGAUAGACAACUUGUAUCUGCGUCUGGAUACCAUCAACAUAGGGAGAACGACCUACGAGUUGACCAUCCACUCCAAGUUGAAUACCAAUGUAGUUUGGAACGUGUCCUAUUCUCAAUGGGGACCCAACAAUAUAGACAACGACUUGAUCAUGCAAAACUCAGAGAGCAUAGAUAAACUCUACUUUACCCCUUUCUACAACAAGUCUAUAUUGGCUAUCAACAAGGAUAUAAGUGCACCCAAAUGGUUGACGAACUUACCUUCUUUUGCUGUCAGUGUGUUUGAUGUCUUCAGCAAUCUCAAGAACUCGGACUGUGUUCUUUUGCCUCACCCAUCGAAGAUCUUCAACCAGCCACAACUCGAUGAUGACAACGACAACAAUUCCGACCUUGUCUUCAUCGACAGAACAUCCAACAGAAAGGAGUGGUUUGCAAUGAGUUUUAAUAAUUAUCCUUCAUUAAUCAAAACGGCUCCAAUUUCCAAUUACCAGUUGUAUUUGCUUAAGCUUCAGGCUGACUUCCAAGACUUGAAUGUGAAUGUUGACUACUUGAAGAAUUUUCAAUUAUCUACGAGUCCACCAGAGGAAGUGAAAACUUUGAUUAGUGGCAUACAUAGAGCUUUUCAAUUGUCUGCCGACACCUUGUACCAGCCUUCUUCUAGAUUUGAAAAGAGUGAUGACAUCAAACGUAUUGGACAAAACGAGCAAACAGAACGCACAGAACAAGACGAGCGGACAGAGCAAGACGAUCAGAAUGACAAUUCUUUGAAAACAGAUUUAGAAGAGAUAAAGCCCAAUAUCGCAGAGGGAGUUAAUUUCGCUCAUGAAACUUCACGUUCAGAAGUCUUGUAUCUACCACCAUCAAACAAUGAGGUGGAAAGUUACAGGCCCUACAAAGACCCUGAAACCAGCCAUGAAAUAAUCAAUAAUUUGGAACCAAAUUCCACUACUGCUAUCAUUCGUAGAAUCUUGGAAGACUUGGUUGUUUUGUUGGUUCUCUUUGUUUUAGUAAUGACUUUUGGAAAGUCCAACAAGUUUGUGCAAGGCUUUUUCAACAAUGGAAGCUUGGUGGGCCCAGUCUCAAUUGAGAAAGACGCGGUGUUCGAUAAUGACGUUGUUCUUGAUUCGAACUUUUCAGUUUCGAACGACAAAGAAAAAGUGUCUAUUACAGAGAAAGACAAGAGUUCACAAGUUGUUGAGCUUGCAAAUCAGGACAACAAAGAUGCGAAAGAUUCUAAUGAGGUAUUCAAGAAAGUCAAGAUUGUUGUUCCUAACGAAUCAUUAGAGAAAGCAAACGACGAUCCCAGUAAAUUAGAAGAAAAUGUUGAUGACGAUGAAGAAGGCAACGGCGACGAAAUUACAACUAAGAAGAAGCGCAAGAGAGGCAGUAGAGGUGGUAAAAGGGGUGGUCGUAGAGUUAAUAAGAGCAAGGAAAAUGCUGGUGAUGACCAAGAAAUCAACGACGAAAGUCCUGAAGAAGAGUUCAUCUCCAUUGCUACCAAGAGCUUGGUAAAAACUAUCACUACUCCAGUGAAGAUUCCUUCCAAGAAAUUACAAAUCGAAAAUAACCUUGUGAUAUCUGACAAGAUUCUUGGUUAUGGGUCCCAUGGAACCAUUGUAUACCAGGGCACGUUUGAGAACAGGCCCGUUGCAGUUAAGCGUAUGCUUUUGGAUUUCUACGAUGUAGCUAACCAUGAAGUUCGCUUAUUGCAGGAAAGUGACGACCAUCCCAAUGUCAUCAGAUAUUUCUGUUCUCAAUCAAGCGAGUCCGAAAAGUUUUUAUAUAUUGCUUUGGAACUAUGUCUCUGCUCGUUGGAAGAUAUUAUUGAAAAGCCCAAGAAGUCUCCUCAACUCAGCAUUCCUAAAGUUAAUGACGUCUUGUAUCAAUUGGCCAGUGGUUUACACUAUUUGCAUUCAUUGAAAAUCGUUCAUCGUGAUUUGAAGCCUCAGAACAUAUUAGUUGCAGAUAUCAAAAAAACAUCGUCUUCAAAAGCAACGACAAAGCCUUCCGAAGAGGAAAACAAUGUGAGAUUGCUUAUCUCUGACUUUGGCUUAUGUAAGAAGCUAGACUCUGACCAAUCUUCGUUCAGAGCAACUACACAACAUGCUGCUCUGGGAACUUCUGGAUGGAGAGCACCAGAAUUAUUGUUGCAUCACGAUUUACUCGAAAUAUCCCCAGACACCAUAUCCUCUGUUGGGUCUGGAUCUCGUCACUCAUUUACAGAGUCGUGGUCGACUGUUACGAACUCUUCUUCAGUACAAGCUUCAGGUGGAAAGAGAUUGACCAAGGCAAUUGACAUUUUCUCCUUGGGAUGUGUUUACUACUACAUUUUGUCUGGAGGAAUGCAUCCUUUUGGUGACAGAUAUUUGCGUGAAGGUAAUAUCAUCAAGGGUGAGUACGACAUUUCCUUGUUAAAACAGUGCUGCCCCAAUGACAAGUAUGAAGCCACCGAUCUUAUUGCCAGCAUGAUCCAUGCGAACCCAAGUAAAAGACGAAGCACAUCUAAGAUCUUAAUUCAUCCAUUAUUCUGGUCUUCUAAAAAGCGUUUGGAAUUCUUAUUAAAGGUCAGCGAUAGAUUCGAAGUGGAAAGAAGGGAUCCUCCUAGUGACUUAUUAUUGAAACUUGAGGACCGUGCCAAUGCUGUCCAUGGAGGAAACUGGCAUAAGCAAUUCGAUGAUGAAUUCAUGGACAACUUGGGUAAAUACAGAAAGUACCACAAAGAGAAACUAAUGGAUUUGCUAAGAGCUAUUCGUAAUAAGUACCAUCACUUUAACGACAUGCCUGAAACAUUACAAGCACAAAUGAGCCCGCUUCCAGGUGGGUUCUACAAGUACUUCAACAACAAGUUCCCUAACUUGCUUAUGCAGAUAUACUUCUUGAUUGAGGAGAAUCUCGCAGAAGAACAUGCAUUUAAGGAUUUUUACUAG